AAGGUUAGAAAUAAGUAGACAUUUGCUAACGCUAAUAAAAUGUAAUUUUUUUCUAUUUGUAUUUUAUAAGUUAUAACCAUUCUUUAAAGCAAAUUUAAAAAUUUAUCUUGAAUUCCAUCCGUGUUUAGAAAUGCAUUCAGAUAAUUUUGUUCAGAGAUUUAUCCCUGCACAUCUGGCGGUUUUCAAUAGAAUUUUUACCACAGAAACCAGCAUGGUGCUUUUUGAAAAUUUACUCCACAUGCUGUUUUCAAUUUAGCGUGACUUUAUACACUGUGUUUUAAAUUACUUUUGAAGAAUUUGUAAUGGAAAUGUGUAGCCAACUGCCGCAUAAUUAUAGUAGUUCUUCUAAAAUAGCUGUAUGUAGUCAACAUUUUAGAAAUUUUAUUUUUGGAGGGGUUGAGAGAAAGGACCAGAAAAAAAAUGUGGGAAAGUUGCAGUCCUUAUCAAAGUUAAUUGGUUAGAAUUCAUUAAUUAAAUAUGACAAAUUGAUGGACUUAUUUCAGAAUAAAUUUUACUUUUUAGUCAUAGGGAUUUCUUUUUCUUUUUAGUGUCCAAGAUUAUUUUGUUAUUGUUAUUACUGUUGGGCAGUUAAGAUGUUUAUAAGCAAGAUAUUUAAGUAUUACCCACCCCUCUUCAGAUAAGUAUACAUAAAUGGGUCCUACAAGUCAAUAAUAUAAGAAGUUCCCUUGAGACUAGGGAACUUUUUUUGUUAGUCAUUUUCAAAAGUGUUAGCAGUUUCCCAAGGCAUAUUCUUUGGAAUUGAGUUCUUUUAGGCAUUUCUGACAUUGUUAGUGAGAUGCCUUAUUAACCGAGUGGGUGUAGGUUUCCUUUUCAGUUGAAGCUGGUGACAUGCAGUAGGCUUUUGUUUGUGUCUACUUGAAAUUGAAUGGAAUCUAUUGCAAGGUUAUCAAAACUGUUUUCUUCACAAGUAGGUAGUUUCAGUUAACAGGGACACUCAGGAACAAAUUUCAAUUCGCACAUAUUUGUUUUUUUCUUUUUCUUUUUUUUGACUAAUUUGGUUAUUUGCCAUUUCUGGGGAUUAAACUUUAAAAAAUGUUCUUCUUUUCUGUAUCUGAUGUUCUGUGUGCUAUUAGUGAUGCAGCCAACACGAACGGUUGUCAUGUGUAACACAACUUUCGAUCACCGCGAAAACACCGUCCUGGGAAAGCGUCCAUGCUUGAUAUCGUUUGGUUCAUGAACAUUAAGUUUCCAGUACAGGUAAAAUCCCAGAGGAAUCCAAAGCCCUCUCUUUGUUGGCUCCUGCUCCAACCAUGACCAGUCUGAUGCCUGGUGCAGGCUUGCUUCCCAUACCGACCCCAAAUCCCUUGACUACGCUGGGUGUUUCCCUUAGCAGUUUGGGAGCUAUACCAGCAGCAGCACUAGACCCUAACAUUGCAACACUUGGAGAGAUACCACAGCCACCACUUAUGGGAAAUGUAGAUCCUUCCAAAAUUGACGAAAUUAGGAGAACAGUCUAUGUGGGCAAUUUGAAUUCCCAGACAACGACAGCUGAUCAACUACUUGAGUUUUUUAAACAAGUUGGAGAAGUGAAGUUUGUGCGGAUGGCAGGUGAUGAGACUCAGCCAACUCGGUUUGCUUUUGUGGAAUUUGCAGACCAAAAUUCUGUACCAAGGGCCCUUGCUUUUAAUGGAGUUAUGUUUGGAGACAGGCCACUGAAAAUAAAUCACUCCAACAAUGCAAUAGUAAAGCCCCCUGAGAUGACACCUCAGGCUGCAGCUAAGGAGUUAGAAGAAGUAAUGAAGCGAGUACGGGAGGCUCAGUCCUUUAUCUCAGCAGCUAUCGAACCAGAGUCUGGAAAGAGCAAUGAAAGAAAAGGCGGUCGAUCUCGUUCCCAUACUCGUUCAAAAUCCAGGUCUAGCUCAAAAUCCCGUUCUAGAAGGAAGAGAUCACAGUCAAAACACAGGAGUAGAUCCCAUAAUAGAUCACGUUCAAGACAAAAGGAUAGACGUAGAUCUAAGAGCCCUCAUAAAAAACGUUCUAAAUCAAGGGAGAGACGGAAGUCAAGAAGUCGUUCGCGUUCACGGGACAAGAGAAAAGACACCCGAGAAAAAAUUAAGGAAAAGGAAAGAGUGAAAGAAAAAGAUAGAGAAAAGGAAAGGGAAAAAGAGAGAGACAGGGAAAAGGAACGUGAAAAAGAGAAGGAACGGGGUAAAAACAAAGAUAAAGACCGGGAUAAAGAACGGGAAAAGGACCGAGAGAAAGACAAGGAGAAGGACAGAGAGAGAGAGCGGGAAAAAGAACAUGAAAAGGAACGAGACAAAGAGAAGGAGAAGGAACAGGACAAAGAAAAGGAACGAGAAAAGGACAGAUCCAAAGAGAUGGAUGAGAAAAGAAAGAAGGAUAAAAAAUCCAGAACACCACCCAGAAGUUACAAUGCAUCAAGAAGAUCCCGUAGUUCCAGCAGGGAAAGGCGGAGGAGGAGGAGCAGGAGUUCUUCCAGAUCACCAAGAACAUCAAAAACCAUCAAAAGGAAAUCUUCUAGGUCUCCAUCCCCGAGGAGCAGAAAUAAGAAGGAUAAAAAGAGAGAAAAAGAAAGGGACCACAUCAGUGAAAGAAGAGAGAGAGAGCGUUCAACCUCUACAAGAAAGAGUUCUAAUGACAGAGAUGGAAAGGAAAAGGUGGAGAAGAACAAUACUUCACUUAAAGAGAAGGAGCACAAUAAAGAACCAGAUUCAGGCAUGGGCAAAGAGGUAGAAGACAAAGACGCACCAAGGACUGAGGAAAACAAAGUACAGCAGAACGGAAAUUGUCAGCCCAACGAUGAAAACCUCUCCACCAAAACAGAAGCAGUAUAGGACCGACAGAUGCACCUCGAAGCACACGCUGGAAUAAAAUCCAAAGCUUUUAAUUCUCUCAGCAAGAUGUUAGACAGUGAAGAAGUCCGGUAGAGCAUAAAGAUACGAGCUAACAGCUUUUCUAGUUGUUAGAUGACUUGGUGGCCAUCUUGUUACUGAGUAAGAAAAUAAAGCAUGGACACCGUGAAAAUAACAGGUGUUACCCAAACUCCUCAUCUUCUAAAAUCUGUGCAUUUCCAUGGUGGCUGACACACUUGUCAUGUGGUUUGUUAGUGUUUGCCAAGAACGAUUACAAAGAAAAUGGGACGUCAAAGAUCCAAAUUUGUACUGUCCAUAAAGACUGGAGAUAAGCGUUGGAGGCUCUUUUAAAAAAUGGUAGUAACUGAAUUUUGUAUCGUUUUACUUUUUUUUUUUAAAUUUCAGUAUAUACAGAUGGAUGAUGUGCUUGAAAUCGGUGCAAAUAUAUACACACCCUUGUAAGUGCAGAGUAUAAGAAAUUUUAACAUUUACUUCACAGGAUUUACAGUGAUUGUGUUAAAUUCUCACUAUUGUGUUUUCUUUUGCUCACUGUUUAGGACAGCAGUUUUUCUUUAAAAUAGUUUUACAGAUUAAAAUUGCUUAAAUAAGUGGAUUAAAAACCAACUGACAAUGCAUGCUACUGUUCUUUUUCAAAAGGAAGAGCAACUGUCUUGAAUACUAACCAUGCAUUAGUAUUCAGUGUUUAGAAUCUUUGGGUCUCCCCACAGAGUAGGCAUUUCUUUUUGAACUUUCUUGACAUUUCCAAGCUUAUUAUGAACAAUAUUGCAGUGUGUGUUGGUCAGCUGUAGGUGGCAAAGGUGCCAUUUAUAAAAAGAAAACUGGGUUUUCAAAAUGGGCUAUGGGAGCACAAGCUGAAGCUUUAGUGCCUUCUACAAUGUGGUAUAUACUGUUUUCUAGAAUUUUAUAUGUGCUAGUCAUUCUCAACUCAUACGGAAUUUAGAUGGAUAUUUCAUUCACUCCCGUAGAGAAGUGUGCAAGUGGUAUGUCAGAAGAGCUUCUUUUAGUUCACAUAAUAUGAGAGAGAAGUCCUGUUUUCAGGAAUGACAUUAGAGCUUAAAACAACAAUGCAGUUUUGGGACCAUCACUUUUAUACUGUGAUAAUUAAAAAUGAAGCAGCAUGUUCUUAUUUUACUUAAAGCAAACCGUUUGGUUGUCUACAUUGGAUGGCCUUAAUUAUUACCUCUCAAUCAUCUUCUCAUAAAUGAUGUGCAGAAAUUGUACUUAAAGGUGAAUAUAUAAGAUGAUUUGUUUUAUGUGUAAAGAUGUGUUUACUUGAGUUUAAAAUAUAGGUCAUCCGACAUUGUUAGGCACACUUUUUGAAGAAAGUAUGCAAAUAGUAAAAUGACAGCAUUGCUAAAAUUUCCCCCAAACCACUUGUAGUUUCUGAACUCUUCAUUGUUACAGUUCCAAAAAAGUUAUACUUUUUAAUUAGCAUGUUAUUAAAAAAUCAAGUAUAAUUAUUUUAAUGUAAUCUAAUACAAUCAAAUUACUCAGUUGCCUUACCUCAUGGGAAGAGUUACUUAUUUAAAAAGCUGGGUAACACAUCAGUUACUUGGUUUCAACUUGAGUUUUCUUUUAAUGGUAAUACUAUUGAAACAAGGUAUUUGGUGGAGAAUGGAAAGAAUUGUCCUUAUUGCAAGUGAUAAAGCCUGGUUUGAUUAUGAAGCUGCUUAAUUACUCUUCAUGUGUUCAGAAUUACUGUUUUUUUUUUUUUUUUUUUUCUUUUUGUCACUGUGUACAUUAAAAUUUUUGAAAAUGCUUUACUAUGUAAAGUA